CUAGCCCAUCGUGUCCGGUUUAAACUAAAACUUGGCCCACAUGCUAAAAGACAACCGAGAGUUCGUCCAAUAGAAAAAUCAGAGUGGAGCUGCCUUCCUUUGCGGCCGCCUUUUCCCCGUACUCCGCCGCUUCAGGUCUCCGGUUUCCCGUCUGUCCGGGUGCCCAGUCGCCGCCGUCCUCCGUCCGCGACCGUGGUUAAGUCGGUGUCACCUCCGCAGUUCCGCGACUUUGAGUCCGUGAGUAGGGUGAAUUGGCCCUUCUGUACACAACUACACAUUCAUCUCAUCAUCUUCAAACCCUUGUCUUAGAAAUGGCUUUCAUGAAAAUGCUGGGAGGCUUUUCUCGUAGCCUUACAACUGUUUCUUCAAGCUCACUACGAGUUUGUAUCGUUGGUAGUGGGCCGGCUGGACUUUACAUGGCUGAUAAAAUUCUGAAAGCGCAUAAAGGAGCUGAAGUUGAUAUACUUGACCGGUUACCAACACCGUUCGGGUUAGUUCGAUAUGGUGUUGCUCCAGAUCAUCCUGAAACCAAGAAUGCGAUGAACCAAUUUUCUCGGAUACUUCAAGACGGGCGCUGUUCCUUCUUUGGGAAUGUCUCUCUUGGAUCAUUGGUAUCUUUGUCUGAGCUUCGUGAUCUGUAUGAUGUGGUGGUGCUUUGCUAUGGUGCUGAAGGUGAACGAGAUCUUGGCAUUCCUGGAGAAGAUUUGUCAGGGAUAUAUUCUUCCAGAGAAUUUGUCUGGUGGUAUAAUGGGCACCCCGACUGUAGAUUCUUGGCUCCAGACUUGAAGAACACAGACACAGCUGUUAUUGUUGGUCAGGGAAAUGUAUCUCUUGAUAUGGCUCGCAUGCUUUUACGACCUGCAUCUGAGUUGGCAAAAACUGACAUUGCUUCACAUGCCUUGUCUGCCCUAAAAGAGAGUUCUAUAAGAAAAGUUUAUGUUGUUGGCAGACGUGGACCAGUGCAAGCAUCUUUCACUCCCAAGGAGUUGCGUGAAAUUCUUGGUGUCAAGAGUUUGUACAUUCGCAUUGAUGAAGCAGACCUGUGCCCGACCUCGGCUGAUGAGGAAGUGCUGAAAAAUAAUCGGAUCAAUAGGAGAGUUCAUGAGUUGCUCUCUAAGGCAGCUACUUCUACAGCUUCAUUCCCUACUCCUGGUCAACGGGAACUGCAGUUUGUUUUCUUUCGAAAGCCAGAUAGGUUUUUAGAAUCAGAUGUUAGGUCUGGUCAUGUUGCUGGCGUGCGCUUUGAGCGAACGACUGUUAGAGAAGAUGUUGGCUCUGGGAAACAGAUUGCUGUUGGUACGGGACAGUUUGAGGACAUGGGAUGCGGGAUAGUUUUGAAAAGCAUUGGUUAUAAAUCAAUAGGUGUUGAGGGCUUACCUUUUGAUCACCAGAAUGGGAUAGUACCAAACGUUAGAGGUCGAGUCUUGCAUGAUUCUAGUGAUCUUGCAGAGGUCGAGAAGGGUCUAUAUGUAUGUGGUUGGUUGAAAAGAGGAGCAACUGGAAUCAUCGGUACCAAUCUAUACUGUGCUGAAGAAACUGUUGCUAGCAUUUCUGAAGACAUCAAGGAAGGAAUAGUACCAUCUGGCUCUUCGUCAAAGCUGGGGAAGGAGGGCCUUCUUCAACUAGUAGAGAGUAGGAAUUCCAUAGUCGUCCCAUUUGAAGAGAAAAAGAGAGAGUGUGUUUGAAAGUGUAGCCCAUGGAAAAAUGAUCAGAAUUAAAGUUCUUUAUUUAUUUUGUUUAUGUGGAAUCAAAUUUUCCAGCUUUU